CCGCAGUGCCAGCGCCGCCGCCGCCGCCGCCGCGAGGGAGGAGCCGCGGCGCGAGCUGCCAACCGUCCGCGGUGGUCACGAGGCGCCUGACUCGAGUGCCUGGAGGCGGCGAGCGGCGAGCGUCGGACGGCCGGUGGGACGGAGAGACGAGGCGGCCGGCGGGCGGGCUCCAUGGCGAGGCGCGGCUUCUCCGGCAGCAGCGGCGCAGCCUCCCCGGCCCGCGGGCUCUAGUGCCUCCGGAGCAGCCUCUCGCUCGCUCGUCCCCUCGGCCCCGGCCUCGGCUCCGGCCCUCGGACGCUCGCUCCUUCCCCCCUCUUCCCUCCAUCUCUUCCUUCCUCCCUCCUCCCUCUUUCCCUCGCAUCCUUCCCCGCGCCUUCGGACGGGUUGGCGGCGGCCGAGCCCCGGCGGGAGGAGAAGGAGGAGGAAUCCGCCUCUAUGAUGAAGUUCAAGCCGAACCAGACGAGGACCUACGACCGCGAGGGCUUCAAGAAGCGGGCGGCCUGCCUGUGCUUCCGCAGCGAGCAGGAGGACGAGGUGCUGUUGGUGAGUAGCAGUCGGUAUCCAGAUCAAUGGAUUGUUCCUGGUGGAGGAAUGGAGCCUGAGGAAGAGCCAGGUGGAGCUGCAGUAAGAGAAGUAUACGAGGAGGCUGGUGUCAGAGGAAAAUUAGGCAGACUUCUGGGGAUAUUUGAGCAGAAUCAAGACCGUAAGCAUCGCACUUAUGUUUAUGUUCUUACUGUCACUGAAAUAUUGGAAGACUGGGAGGAUUCUGUUAACAUAGGGAGGAAGAGAGAGUGGUUUAAGGUUGAAGAUGCCAUUAAAGUUCUUCAGUGUCAUAAACCUGUGCAUGCCGAGUAUUUGGAAAAACUGAAGUUGGGCUGCUCCCCAACCAAUGGAAAUUCCGUGGUUCCCGCCCUUCCAGACAACAAUUCUUUGUAUGUGACUUCUGCACAGACUUCAGGGUUGCCAUCUUCUGUAAGAUAAACAUCUAGGUGACCAUACACAGUUUCACAGGGAGAAGGCUUCUGUGUUUGAUCCACAUGUUUAAACUGUCUGAAUUGUCAUACCCUAUGUCUUCAGGCAGUUCUCUUAUUUUCACAUGCUUUCUUUGAAGUAUUUCCCUUUUUCUUUAACAGUGGAAAGAUAUCUCAGUAAACCAAAGCCAUAUGGAUUUUUUUUUAAGAUGCCUUACCUGUGUGCCCUCUCCCUUCCCCCACAUAGGCUUUGAUUUUUGUUUUCAGACUGCUCUGCACUCUGCUUCUCACACCAGCUUACCUGGUGUGGCUGUCUGGAGGUUUUGCUUUUUUCUUAAAGGAAGUCAAGGGGAGAGAUUAGGUACUUUUCCUGAAGUCCUGACCCGUUGCAAGCAAGCCUUCUGUAGGGGUCUUUUUAGUUUUCAGAGCCAUUUCAAAAGGUCAGAAUCUUUAGUGCCGCUUGGUUUCAGAUACAUUGUAGCCCUCAUGAUUUCUUGGGAUUUAGAGAGAAUAGAUGUGUAUUAAGCACCAUUUCUCUACUAUUAGAGGAUAUUGUUUUCUAUACAUGUGGUAUCUUUUCCCUCAAUGUUUAAACACAGAAGUGUUUUUCCAGUGCUGAGUAUGGAUGACAUUUCAGGAUGAGAUGCCACUAUCAUAAUACAUACACCUUGGAAAUAUACAAAAUGGCUCAUGAAAAACAGCAUUAAGAUUUACCUCCAGCCUGCCUUUGUUUUAUCAUCCUUUUGUGCAGAAUGACCUAGGAAAAGCAUAAGUUAUUAGUCGUUUUCACCAUGGACUGCCUUUUUAGUUGGUUUGUUUCAUUAAUCCACUGCUCCAAAUAGCACACAGGCAUCAAAUCGAGCUCAACAACAUGCAGUUUCUGCCAUUCCUUUUAGUCCCUGGGAGCCUCUUCGUUUUCUUUCCUGGCAAACAGCCAGCAGAAUUUAAAAUAUCCAGGUAUAUGAUGGGGAGCUUACCUGGUUUUAGAACCAUUUAAAUGUUCUACAAAACCCUCAAAUUUCACUCCCAGUGAAAACUCAGGAGUGAGACACUUCCACAUCUCAUUUGGAAAAAGAUUGUGACUGAGGUUUUUAAGUUCUUUUCACUCUUAAAGUUUCUAAGACACCUAAAACCAAGAAUCCCAUCUAAAAUGCAGAUACCUCUUCCUUAAUCAGGUCAGAACUGAGGUUUAAGUGUAAAAACCUUUAGCAUUUUGAAGAGAUGUGGAGUUAAAAAUCAUUCUAUAAACAUUUGUAAAUAUUCUAAAUGGUAAAUAGUUAGUGUAAAGUGGAACGUACAUGUAAUUUAAACACUUUGUUAUUCAGUACACAAAUCGUUAACCUACUUUUAAAACACAAUUGUGUAAAAUGCUGCUAUAAAUGAAAAUUGAGUGCUGUUACACUUUUAGGAAUUAUUGGUGCCACAGUUUGAAAUGAGAUAUUGUGCCAUUCAAACACACCAGAUCUUAAGUACAAGUUCUAACUCACAUGAAAAUAGGUUUUGGAAACAUAUUACUACUAACCAAAAGAAAUGAAGAAAGUAGAAAAUGAACAUUUGGAGAAUUUCCUAUUCUAAAUUAUGUAACUUGAUUGAGAAAUGUUAUUUCUCCUUGUACAGGAAGUUAAACAUCAUCUUUUUAAAAAAAAAAAAACAUUCUGGGCAAACUCUUUCAGUCCCACAUAAACUGACUUAGAAAAAUCUCAUGGGCUAGAUGUUUCUCAGACUAACUUAGUCAUUUGAGAAGUUUCUUUGAAUAGCGAACAGCCAAAAGAAACUGGAUUUUUGUUUUAUGGACUCAAUGUUUGUACAUAAAACUACUCCCACUUAACAUUGUAACACUGGGGAUUUAAAAAAAAACUUGUACAUGGUAUUCUUAGAGGUAAAUAAUGCAUGAUCUUAUUUUGUAACUCAAACUACGUAUUGGAUAAAAAUGUAAAAAUGUACAGUAUUGAUGUUAACCAACUCCUAAGAGUUGUUAGCCUAUAAAUAUUUUGUUGUAUAAUUUUUUGGUCAGAACAUUUGGGCUUAGUAGUGCCACAUCAGGAUUCCUUAGUGCCCUUCAGUGUACAGAUUUCUUUAGUCUCUAUGCAACUUGCAAAAUUCCCUUAAUUAGUUUUGAUUCCUAAUGCUUCUCUUUGUAUAAUUUAACAGAACAUUUCACAGUUGUCAUAUUUCAAAGUAAACAAUGUAUUGCCACAGGGUUGGCUUUUUGCUAAAUAGUUCAGACCAGUCUAACAGAAUUAUAUAUUUAAAACCC